AUGCCCUCGGUCGCUGAUGCCCUCGCUGCCGAUGAGGCCAUCGUUUUCUCCGUAAUAAAGACGCUGGUGGACCUCUCGCCUGAGUACCUCAUCGGCGCCCCAGAUUCCGUGCGGGAGCGGGUGGCGCUCCGGGGCCUCGAGAAGCAUGGAACCUUCGCCGACGCCGCCGAAGGUGCUGCUGCAGUGGCGCCACCUCCGUCGAAGAUUCUUAGGGUUGACGCCGUCCGCUCUUGCGAGGACUUGCUGGUUGAGCUCACCGAGCAGGUUGGAAGCUCUGGAAUUCGGGAUAUAAUUAUGCCUUUUAGACAAGAUAUUCAAAACUUUAUUUGUAUCAAGAAACCUACACUACCAGAGUCUUCUUUGGAAUUGCUUAGAGAAGUGGACCCAGAGAUCCAAUCUAUGGCUGCAUCAUCAUCAGUGGAGCAGAAUGGUAUCAAGAAACACGACAAUCAUCAGUCCUUAUGCAAUGUCCACCAUCUUAACUCCAAUAUUGAUACACCUAGGCCCACUAUUGCCAGUAUUGAGCUUCAGCCUGGGAAUUUAACAAAUUUAGUCAACAACCUUGAAAAAGACAGAAGGACCUGGUGAUCUGUCUGAAUGUGGGAUCGUCGCAAUCUUGGCUCGAAAGGACCUGGUGAAUUCACGAAUUUGAGGGCUAUAAAGCUGUUGUUAUUUGUGUCCAGGCAUGUCAAGAUAAUAUUUUUGCUAUUAUGUGCUCUUUAGGAGAAGACCGGAGCUUUUGCAUGCUCUCAUCAACGAAUAGGAAGCUAUCAGAUCUUCUCCAAGCUGGCUUUUCAGAUAUAGGUGGUGAUGGAUAUGCAGUGUGAAGUGAAGAAAGGAAAGACAACUAUGAGGUUACUAGGUGACUGAAGUUGUUCCGUUGAGUUUUCUUCUGAGAUCAUGCAUGCUUGCAAAUCAUAGUUUAGUUUGGAAUCCAUGGUCUUGAAUUAGCAUUGUAUCUUGAAUUGGAUUGUAACAAAACAAAAUUCUUGUGGUAUGAAUGUAUGCUACCGAUGUGCUCUUUUUUC